GGCCCUGACUGUGAUUGGAGGAAAGAGAUCAUGCAUCCGGGGUAAUAGACAGGGCGGGGCUCUGUAGGCCCUGGCAGAGGGAGCUGGUGGGAAGCAGGAAAUCUUUGGGCUGGGAUCUCUGCCUUCCGCUGCAGCUGCGACCUCUUUGUCUUCUGGAAGCCAGACCCGUGCCUGCAGGUCCGGGGAGGUCUGCGGCAGCGCUCCCACCUUUCCUGGUCUCAGCUGACGGCCCGGGCCACCGAGUCUCCUCCUCCUGACCUUGUGGGAGCCUGGAGCCAGAGGGAAUGGGCCCCGGAAGCCUGCAACCUCCUCCUCAGGAGUUGGUGACAUUCAAGGAUGUGGCUGUGGACUUCACCCAGGAGGAGUGGGGCCUCUUGGACCAUUCUCAGAAGGAGUUGUACAAGGAGGUCAUGUGGGAGAAUGCCUGGAACCUGCUCUCCCUGGGACUUCCAGGUCCCAGAGAAGAUGUGAUCUUUUAUUUUAACCAAAGGGAAGCACCUUGGAUGCUGGACCAAGAAGGCCUGAAGAGCUUCUAUCCAGAAGAUGAAAUGGGACUUGAAAUGAAGGAAACGGCUGCAGACCUGAGCCUUUCUGUAGUAGAAAGUCACAAGCAAAGAUUUAUGAGUGAUGGUCCCAGUGACUUAUCUUGGAAAGAAAUCUUUGUGACACAUGACAUAAUCCACUCUGGAGAGAAGCAUUAUGAAUGUAACCAAUGUGGAAUGGCUUUUAGAUAUAAGAAAAGUCUUAUUAGACAUCAUGGGAUCCAUACUGGAGAGAAACUUCAUGAAUGUAAGCAAUGUGGAAAGGCUUUUAUAAAAAGGAGAGCUCUUACUGUACAUCAGAGAAUCCACACUGGAGAGAGACCUUAUGAAUGUAAGCAAUGUGGAAAGGGUUUUAUGAAUAGGAGAGCUCUUACUUUACAUCAGAGAAUCCACACUGGGGAAAAACCUUAUGAAUGUCAGCAAUGUGGAAAGGCUUUUACAAAAAAGGACACUCUUACUGUACAUCAGAGAAUCCAUACUGGAGAGAAACCUUAUGAAUGUAAGCAAUGUGGAAAGGGUUUUAGGCAAAGGGGAAAUCUUACUACACAUGAGGCAAUCCACACUGUAGAGAAAUCAUAUGAAUGUAGCCAAUGUGGAAAGGCCUUUUGGCAAAUGGAACAUCUUACUGCACAUCAGAGAAUCCACACUGGACAGAAACCAUAUGAAUGUAAGCAGUGUGGAAGGGCUUUUGGGUAUAAGAGAAAUCUUACUAGACAUCAGAGGAUCCACACUGGAGAGAAACCUUGUGAAUGUAAGCAAUGUGGAAAAGCUUUUAUAGAAAUGCAUCCUUUUAAUGCACAUCAGAGAAUCCACAUUGGAGAGAACCCAUAUGAAAGUAAGCAGUGUGGAAAGGAUUUUAGGCAAAAGGGAGCUCUUACUGUAUAUGAGGCAUUCCACACUGAAGAGAAAUUAUAUGAAUGUAACCAAUGUGGAAAGGCCUUUAGGCAAAGGGGAGCUCUUACUGCACAUGAAGCAAUCCAUACUGGAGAAAAACCAUAUGAGUGUAAUCAAUGUGGAAAGGCCUUUAGGCAAAAGGGAGCUCUUACUACACAUGAGAUAAUCCACACUGGAGAGAAGCCAUAUAAAUGUAACCAAUGUGGAAAGGCCUUUAGGCAAAAGGGAGCUCUUACUGCACAUGAGGCAAUCCACACUGGUGAGAAACCAUAUAAAUGUAACCAAUGUGGAAAGGCCUUUAGGCAAAGGGGAGGUCUUACUGCACAUGAGGCAAUCCACACAGGAGAGAAACCUUAUGAAUGUAACCAGUGUGGAAAGGCCUUUAGACAAAGAGGAGCUCUUACUGCACAUGAGGCAAUCCACAGUGGAGAGAAACCUUAUGAAUGUAACCAGUGUGGAAAGACUUUUAUAAAAAGGAGAGCUCUUACUGUACAUCAGAGAAUCCACACUGGAGAGAAACCUUAUGAAUGUAACCAAUGUGGAAAAGCCUUUAGAUAUAAGAUAAGUCUUACUGGACAUCAGGGAAUCCACACUGGAGAGAAGCCUUAUGAAUGUAACCAGUGUGGAAAAGGUUUUACAGACAACAGAUCACUUAGUCAACAUCAGAGAAUCCACACUGAAGAGAAACCAUAUGCAUGUUAUCAGUGUGGAAAGGCCUUUAGGCAAAGGGGAGCUCUUACUGCACAUGUGGCAAUCCACACUGGAGAGAAACCAUAUAAAUGUAACCAAUGUGGAAAGACCUUUAGAUACAGGGGAGGUCUUACUGCACAUCAGAGAAUUCACACUGGAGAGAAAGCUUAUCAAUGUAACCAGUGUGGAAAGGCCUUUAGGCAAAGAGGAGCUCUUACUGUACAUCAGAGAAUCCACACUGGAGAAAAACCUUAUGAAUGUAACCAGUGUAGAAAGACUUUUGGAUAUAAGAAAAGCCUUAUUGUACAUCAGAAAAUUCACACAGGAGAAUGUAUCCAAUAAGGAAUGGGGUUUAUAAUAAACUCUGAAGAAAGUAAAGGUAUUAAAAUGAGGAAAAUGAAUCAGAGAACAUUGGGAGAAGAUGCAGUGCUGCCGAUCCCUUCUAUAUUUUGUCUUUUCUAGCCAAUUCUAACAACAUAGGGAGGAAGGAAACAAAAGAUGACUAGGGGUAGCAAAUAGGUUCUUAGGCAUAUUGGAUCCUUCUUUUCCACCUGGUGACCUAUUUGAAAGGCAGCAUGAAAGAUCAUUGGAUUUGUAUUAAGAGCACAUGGUUUGAAAUUUGGGUUCUGAACCUCUGAUCUUGGGAAAGUAAUUUCACUUAAUGGGGUCUUGGAUCAUUUAAAUUAGAAUUCCAAGAUCUCAUCUGUUUCAAAAUUUGGGGGGACAUCUGAGAAAUCAAAGAGGAGCUUGAAGAUGAACCCUAUCCCUCUUGCCACAUAUCUUGCUGGGUCCUCAAUUUUGGAUUAGGUCUAAUAACUCAAGAUAUGGGAAAUUCUAAACCUAGAUCAAUGUUGAAUCAUUCCUAGAUGAACAAUUCUGCAAUUAAUAAAUCAAUUUCUUGCCAUUUGCAUUCAGGCAAAAAAUAAAUGUUUUAUUAAGACUUUUUUUUAAAAUAAAUGAUUUCUACUCAGAUUUCAGCUUACGUCUAUCAAAUUGUUAAUGGUGACCCUAACAGUUGGAAGUUGGGAGUAGUUUUAGGGGGCUGUAAGAGACAAUAAUAAAUGGGUAUAGCUAUGAAUUGGUCUAGCUGUUGUGAAAAGUCAUUUGAUAUUAGGAUUUGUUAAAACGUGAUCAAAUGCCCAUCUUUUGUGACACAAGAGACCCCACUGCAAGGCAUAAACUCAGGUUCUAGCUGCACUACGAUUGCAGUGUUUUAGUUCGGUGGGGCAGAACACUGGGUGAGUGGACAAGCUAUAAUUUCAGGAAUGAUCAUAACUUAGUCCUGACAGAUUGAGGGUCAAGGAAUAGGAAGCAAAAGACAGAGAGUCUGGGCAAGAGAUAGUGAGUACUACCCAGCCAUUUGAGAUAAGCCAUCUGGAGUUUUAUGAUUCACUGGAAUGUAGGAGUGACCAGAGCUUCAUGGGAAAGGAAAAGGGGGAUGGUGGCCAUAAUAUAGGAUAUAUCAGGGAAACUGAGGUAUAAUUAAGGGAAACUGAGGCAUUACAAGAUCAUUCUCCCUUGCCUACCAUGGAAACUGUUCUCCUUGGAGUUCACAUCUCUUCCCCCUUUUCCCUGGGAACUCGGGUUUCUCCCCCUUUUUUUUUUCCCUUGGAGCUUAGGUUUUUCCCUUUAUUUUCCUGUGAGCCCAGGUCCCUCUCCUUUUUUCCUUAGGAAUGCAGGUCUUUGCCUCUCUUCUCAUUGAAGCCCAGGUUUCUCUCAUUUUUUUUCCCCCUGGGAGCUCAGAUUCCCUCCCCCCCCCCCUUUUUUUUUCCCUUGAAGCUCAGAUCUUUUUUCUGUGGGAGCAGUGUUUCUUCAAGUCUUGUAUCCCAAAGAGAUCAUAAAGGAAGGAAAAGGACUCACA